UUGCUGUUAUCAAAUAGCCUGACAAUUUACCCUAAAUUAUUCCGCUGCACUAUAGUUCGCUACGUAGAAGAAAAUGUACGUCCAUGGGCGUGGCGUAGCGUUUGUCUGGAGCAAGGAGUCGUGUAGCCAGGCAAUGUAUCAAAACCUUCAAGGCGGAUUCUCUAGGCGCUCCCAACGAUAGUGGUCCACGCUGUAGAACUACAGCAAAAAAUCAUCCGCCCAGGACCUCGUUCCCUGUCGAAUUUGAGGUCACUCAUUAGUACAUUUUAGCUUGUCAGUAUCCAUGAGGACGUUACUUGUGUUGUGAUAGUCAGCAGUAGGAGCUUCCACCAAUAAGGAGGUAUCAGAAUUGUAUUUAGAGAACAAGAAGGCGUACAGGCUAAGUAUUUGAGCAUUUCUAACCCUUUGAACUUGUAAGCAUCCGUGCAUUUACGAUGGCUCCGAGGAAGAAUUCCAGAAACCAAUCCAAAAAAGUGGACACCAUGUAAUUCAUCCAGACCAUCCCCGGACACGCAGAUCUGAGGUGAAGCCCGCAGCAAUGGUGAAUAAGAAUGGUGUGAAAGCGGAGGCUGCUACUGCUAGUGGGGGUGGGGGUGUUGCUAGUGGGGGUGGAGGUGCUGCUAGUGGUUUUAGCGGCACUAAGAUCUUCACCUGGUUCAUGGUUCUGGCUCUGUUGGGGGUGUGGAGCUCCGUGGCCGUGGUGUGGUUAGAUCUGGUGGACUACGACAACGUCAUUGGUAAACUUUCAGCGUAUGACGCAGAUGGCGACGGUGACUUCGAUGUGGAGGACGCCAAAGUACUACUUGACGAGAAAGAGGUCAAAACUGCUGCUCCCAAAAAGGAAAUGCUGAAAAAAGAGGACAAGAAAAAAGCUGAGAAUAUUGUAGAGGUUCCCGUUCCAAAACCAGAAAAGACAAAAGGUAGCCUACUAUUUAAUGGUGAUCAGAGUCCUGGAGAGGUGGCUUCUAAAAAGAACAGAACAAAAGAGCACCCAACAAGAGAACUUGGGAGGAAAUUAAAGUCAGCAUUAAAGGAACAGUUGAGAAUGAUCCAUGAGAAGAUUGAAGCUCAAAAAAUUGCUGAAAUGGCUUUGGCUGAAGUGAGAAGUAUCCUGGCCAAAGAGGAGGAAGAUAGACAAUUGGUCAAUGCUCUGGAACUCAAGAGGCAAGAGGUGGCCCAAAUAGCCCAGGAAAUGUUAGAGGCUCAACUUCGAGAGGAAAGGGAACAAGAAGAGAAAAGAGAGGCUGAGAGAAAAGCACAGGAGCAAGCAGGGAAAGAGAGGCUGGAGAAAGAGCAACUGGAGCAGUUGGAGAGAGAAGAGAAAGCGAGGCUGGAGAAACAGAGGGAAGCUGAGGAGAAGGCAGAAAAAGAGCAAUUGGAGAAGGAAAAGCUAGAGAAAGAGAGGAUAGAAAAGGAGAAGGCAGAGCUGGAAAGGAUGGAGAAAGAGAGACUGGAAAAGGAUCGAGCAGCCAAAGAGAAAGCAGAAAAGGAGAAGAUUGAGAAGGAACGGGUCGCCAAAGAGAAAGCAGAAAAGGAGAAGAUUGAGAAGGAACGGGUCGCCAAAGAGAAAGCAGAAAAGGAGAGGGUUGAGAAGGAACGGGUCGCCAAAGAGAAAGCAGAAAAGGAGAGGCUUGAGAAGGAACGGGUCGCCAAAGAGAAAGCAGAAAAGGAGAGGAUUGAGAAGGAACGGGUCGCCAAAGAGAAAGCAGAAAAGGAGAGGAUUGAGAAAGAACGGGUCGCCAAAGAGAAAGCAGGAAAGGAGAGGAUUGAGAAGGAACGGGUCGCCAAAGAGAAAGCCGAAAAGGAGAGGCUUGAGAAGGAACGGGUCGCCAAAGAGAAAGCAGAAAAGGAGAGGCUUGAGAAGGAACGGGUCGCCAAAGAGAAAGCCGAAAAGGAGAAGAUUGAGAAGGAACGGGUCGCCAAAGAGAAAGCAGAAAAGGAGAAGAUUGAGAAGGAACGGGUCGCCAAAGAGAAAGCAGAAAAGGAGAGGCUUGAGAAGGAACGGGUCGCCAAAGAGAAAGCAGAAAAUGAGAGGCUUGAGAAGGAACGGGUCGCCAAAGAGAAAGCAGAAAAGGAGAGGCUUGAGAAGGAACGGGUCGCCAAAGAGAAAGCAGAAAAGGAGAGGCUUGAGAAGGAACGGGUCGCCAAAGAGAAAGCAGAAAAGGAGAGGCUUGAGAAGGAACGGGUCGCCAAAGAGAAAGCAGAAAAGGAGAAGAUUGAGAAGGAACGGGUCGCCAAAGAGAAAGCAGAAAAGGAGAGGAUUGAGAAGGAACGGGUCGCCAAAGAGAAAGCAGAAAAGGAGAGGGUUGAGAAGGAACGGGUCGCCAAAGAGAAAGCAGAAAAGGAGAGGGUUGAGAAGGAACGGGUCGCCAAAGAGAAAGCAGAAAAGGAGAGGGUUGAGAAGGAACGGGUCGCCAAAGAGAAAGCAGAAAAGGAGAGGCUUGAGAAGGAACGGGUCGCCAAAGAGAAAGCAGAAAAGGAGAGGCUUGAGAAGGAACGGGUCGCCAAAGAGAAAGCAGAAAAUGAGAAGAUUGAGAAGGAACGGGUCGCCAAAGAGAAAGCAGAAAAGGAGAGGGUUGAGAAGGAACGGGUCGCCAAAGAGAAAGCAGAAAAGGAGAGGAUUGAGAAGGAACGGGUCGCCAAAGAGAAAGCAGAAAAGGAGAGGAUAGAGAGAGAAAGGGUAGCGAAGGGAAAGGAGAGAGCAGAGAAAGAGCAACAAGCCAAAGAGUUAGCUGCUAAAGAAAAGGAGAGAGUGGCGGUAAAAGGACACUUUGUCAAAGAAAAGACUGCAAAGGCCAAGGUUGAGACAGAACAGUUACCCAAGAUAGAGAGAGAACAGUUACCUAAGGCGAAGGCAGGGAAGGAGAGCGCAGAAAAAGAGCCUCUACUCAAAGAAAAGAUAGAAAGGGAGAGAGUUGUGAAAGAGAAAAGAGCCAAACAAGCAAAAGAGGAGAUGCCAGAGAAAAAUGCAAACAACUUCACAACUACAAGCAAGAAGGAAAAAAUAUUGGCUAUCAAAGACCUUCUGAAGCCUAAAGCCACCAAGGUGAACAAGAAAUGGAGCGUCACAGGAUGAUGAUCCUUCAAUUACAAAACCGACAACUAUCCCCUCCUCCCUAAAGGCACUUCUGUAGAUCUGCAGGGAUUGGAAAGAGCUACGCAAUGCAGUGCUUCUGAUAGCCUGGAUGGAUUCUCUGACAUAUUGCCAUGUUUCCAACCCCUUCAGAUCUACACAUGUGUCUAAUGAGGAGGGGCUAGGAAUUGAUUUACAUUUGAGCCAAUAUAAUCGAUGGUGCUGAAUUUAAAUUCACGUUCAUGCCAAUGCUAAAUAUGUUAUGGCUGGUCUGUGGUGAUCUGUGAAAAUCAACUUUGGUUUUGGUCUUCGGUUCUUACAAAUCAGAGCCUUGUCCUCCCCCUUUUGGUACGUUUUUAUGGCACAAUACGAAUGAAUGAAAAAUAUGCACUGAGUACAACCCAGCGGAUAACAUGUUAUAGAGAUUCCACUUGUGUCCAACAUGUACCCUGAUAUAUUUACACAUACAUACAUACAUGCAUACAUACUGUAUAAUCAUUACAGAAAGAUGGGUACCUGCACACUGAUAAAUGCUCCCAUAGAUACACCUGCGGAAGCAUUCAUUAAAAUUGUGGGAGCAUUCAUUAGUGUGUGAGUCUUUCUUUCUGUCUUUCUUUCAUUAGUGUACGUUCUGUACCCUUCACCUGCAAGUCACUGAAUAUACUACUUUGAAACUAGUUACAAUGCAAUAUUAUGCCAUUUUGACAUUUGUGUGUUUUACUGUCUUUCUUACAUUGCUACAAAUUUUAACAUCAUCCUAUCACUUUCUAACAUAAGUGUUAAUGUCAUAAUAAUGUCAAAAGAUAUUGAAUUAUAUACAGACUAAAGACAAAGUAUGCUCAUUGGCUUGAAGUGAUUGUUUUUUUUUUAGAUUAGAACAUUUAACAGAAUAUUUACCUGAGGUGCUGACUUGCUGCACCCUCGACAACUACUGUGAUUAUUAUUAUUUGACCCUGCUGGUCAUUUAUGAACAUUUGAACAUCUUGGCCAUGUUCUGUUAUAAUCUCCACCCGGCACAGCCAGAAGAGAACUGGCCACCCCUCAUAGCCUGGUUCCUCUCUAGGUUUCUUCCUAGGUUUUGGCCUUUCUAGGGAGUUUUUCCUGGCCACCGUGCUUCUACACCUGCAUUGCUUGCUGUUUGGGGUUUUAGGCUGGGUUUCUGUACAGCACUUUGAGAUAUCAGCUGAUGUAAGAAGGGCUAUAUAAAUACAUUUGAUUUGAUAUUUAUGUUAGGGCCGAGUGUCUGUGGGUUAUCGUUCCACCCUUGUACUUGAUAGAUGAAUUCAGGUCACUAAUUAGUAAGGGACUCUCAUCACCUGGUUGUGUAGGUCUUCAUUGAAAGGAAAAAACAAAAACCAGCAGACACUAGGCCCUCCACGGAAUGAGUUUGACACCCCUGGUAUAAGGUGUUUCUCAGUGAGUUCAAAUGGCUAGCGUAAAUUUGCAUUGCCACACAGAUUUGCAAACAACGAGUGCUAUAAACUGGGUGGUUCAAGCCCUGAAUGCUGAUUGGCUGACAGCCAUCGUAUAUCAGACCAUAUACCACAGGUAUGACAAAACAUGUAUUUUUAAUUACAUUGGUAGCCAAUUGAUAAUAGCAAUAAUGCACCUUGGGGGUUUGUGGUAUAUGGCCAGUAUACCACGGCUAAUGGCUGUAUCCAGGCGUUGUGUCAUGCCUAAGAUCCACCUUUAGCCGUGGUAUAUUGGCCAUACACCACACACCCUCAGGCCUUUAUGCUUAAUUGAAAACUAUGAAAUGUGUGCUAUCAGCUGUCUUUCUUUCAUUCGUUUUGAAUUGAAUCAAAUUAGUGUCUUUCUACUCUUUGCUUGCUUUUCAGUUAUAUGCUAUUUAAAUGUUUUGUGUUAACUUGAUAGGUGUUAUUGUAUGCUGACAAUAAGAUUGACUUUUGCUUUCUGAAGUAUGGCCUGGGCACUUCUUUACAUAUUACUUGAAACAUCUCAUGAAACAAGGCCGUAGCUACAUUUUCUUUUCGUAAAGACUUGAUGAUGCCUUUUUUUUGUGCAAGUGUGAAACUCUGUUUGAAACAACAUACCAACUUCUUGGGGUACUCUUUUUGUCAUUUACCAGUUGUAAAUGGUACAUUUGCUGUAUUUUGUUACUGCUGUAAAGUUCAUAUUUAGAAAUUGCAUGACAGAAAAAAUACUACCUUUUUAAAUCUUUGUUUUUAUGUUUGUGUCUGUUGUUUGAAACAGCCUUGAUGUAUUUUCAUAAUAUGAUGUAGGCCUUUUCUUGCUUUGGUGAAACUAAAAUCUCACUAGGUACUGGCAGUAUGGAUGAAGUUGGUGUAUUUUGUUAAAUCGUGUCAUUGCUGACAUUGCAAUGAUGCCAGAUAAGUAAAGCUUUUGUCCUAAAGCCACUUUGAUUAUUAAAGAGCUUUCCUCAAA